CUGUGCAGCCCAGCACGUGUUCGAGCAGCAAGCUUCCGCUGGAGUUUCUUGAGGAUGCAAACCGAGAUGGAGGCACAGAGUCCCUUGGCCGAGGCCGGCUUCACCCAGGUCACCCGAAAAGGUGGCCGGCGGGCGAAGAAACGGCAGGCUGAGCAGCUGUCCGCACCGGAGGAGGGCGGGGACGCGUCCCGCAUGGACACCGAGGAGGCCCGGCCUGCCAAGAGGCCCGUCUUCCCGCCCCUCUCCGGGGACGGGUUUCUGGGUGGGAAAGAAGAAACCAGAAAAAUUCCAGUCCCAGCUAACAGAUAUACUCCCUUAAAAGAGAACUGGAUGAAGAUAUUUACACCUAUUGUGGAGCAUUUGGGACUUCAGAUACGCUUUAACUUGAAAUCGAGGAAUAUAGAAAUCAGGACUUGUAAAGAAACCAAAGAUGUUAGCGCUCUGACAAAAGCAGCUGAUUUUGUGAAAGCCUUUCUUCUUGGGUUUCAGGUAGAGGACGCACUUGCCCUCAUUAGGUUGGAUGACCUCUUCCUAGAGUCUUUUGAAAUUACAGAUGUUAAGCCCUUAAAGGGAGACCACCUGUCGAGGGCAAUAGGAAGAAUCGCUGGCAAAGGAGGAAAAACCAAAUUCACCAUCGAGAACGUGACACGGACGCGGAUAGUUCUGGCUGAUGUGAAAGUUCACAUCCUUGGUUCUUUCCAAAACAUCAAGAUGGCAAGAACUGCUAUCUGCAACCUCAUCCUGGGAAAUCCUCCAUCAAAGGUUUAUGGCAAUAUCCGUGCUGUGGCUAGCAGAGCGGCAGACCGAUUCUGAUUUCAAAUCAGAGACUUUUUACCUUGUCUUUGAAUUCUAGAGAAAAUGCCUUUCCCCUCUACAAGUGGUCACCAGACACCAUGUGAAGAACUUUUCAGUCGUGGAUACCAUUAUUUAUACUAGCACAUUAAGUAUAAUUUAUUUUUUCCGUUUUAAAUCACAUAUCGAUUUGCAUAGUUUAUAAUCCUCUCAUUUGGAGGGAAACUUAUUUAAAAAAACAGUUCUAUAUUAGCUUCCAAGUUUUUUGUUUAUAAAUUUAUAAAAAGUUAUUUCUUCUCUAUGAGUUGUAAUUAAAAGAAUUAUCUCAGAAAACCUCUCUUGACUUGUGACCCUUAAUACUGGAUGGUGUGUGAAUAUUUUAGACCCAGGUCAUAGCAGCAGUUUGGAUAUACUCUGUGGACCAAGGAAGGCUAAUAUUUGUACCUAUUUUUGCAGUUUGUAAAAUUAAAGAUUACAUCACAAGGUU